GGGGCGGGGGACUUAAGCACGCCGCACCGUCAAAGCUGGGGGAGCGGGUGAUAACCGAACGCACUGCGCGGUCUACUGGCCGCCGCGCCCACCCGUCCGUCUGGAGAGAGCGAAGAGGCGCGACCCCCUCGCUGUUUCCUCCCUUUCCUUACUCGACCCUGAGCAUUCAGCUCCCGCCCUCCCCUUGCCUACAUUUUAAUCCGAUUUCCCCGGCCUUUCCUCCGCGCGAACGGCGAACCCAACACCACCAACAUGGCCGCCGAGCGCCCCCUCUCCGUCUCUCCCCACCCGGUUUUCUCUGCGGCUGCGCGGCGCAGAACCUUAUAGGAGUUGUAGUUCUCCGUGCCCCCGGGGCCUGCUGCGAGACAUGGGAGCGAACUACAAAUUCCAGAAUGCCGCACCGCCGAUCUUAAGGGGCCAAUGGGAGGCUUCCCCCCCUUCCCUCCCACCCUGGCCUUAUUGGGAUGAUGUCAUUGCAAAACAGGCAGGGGAGGUUUCUGCGCUGCAAUUCAUUGUGCUACGCUAUAGCCUCCUCCCCCUGCUGCUGAAGCGCUCGGGCAGUGACUAAAUCCCAAGCAAAGGGGAGGGGGACCAUAUAGACAUCCCAAGGGAGCUGCAAGCCCUGCCUCAUGUCUAGGUGAUUGAAUCCCACGUUGCGUCUUGUUUUAUGGUUUCGCAGGGGAAGGGGGGGAAAUCCCAAAUCCAGGCAGGAUGGCAAAAGUUGAAUUGGCUCUGCCGGCUUGUGGUCAGGUUUGUGGGCAUGCAAAAGGCCUCUGUGUCAGGAAGGUAGGAGUUCUCUCACCUUUCUGUGUAAAUGAGUAUGGAAGAUUAUGAUUUUCUGUUCAAAAUUGUUUUAAUUGGCAACGCUGGCGUGGGGAAAACCUGCUUAGUCCGACGCUUCACUCAGGGGCUUUUCCCACCAGGUCAAGGAGCCACUAUCGGAGUUGACUUUAUGAUUAAGACUGUGGAGAUAAAUGGUGAAAAAGUGAAGCUGCAGAUCUGGGACACGGCAGGGCAGGAGAGAUUCCGGUCCAUUACGCAGAGUUAUUAUCGCAGCGCUAAUGCAUUAAUAUUGACCUAUGACAUAACCUGUGAAGAAUCCUUCCGAUGCCUUCCCGAAUGGCUGCGAGAAAUAGAACAGUAUGCCAGCAAUAAGGUCAUAACUGUGCUAGUGGGUAAUAAGAUUGAUUUAGCCGAGAAAAGAGAAGUCUCCAAACAAAGAGCUGAAGAAUUUUCAGAGGCCCAAAACAUGUACUAUCUGGAAACUUCUGCUAAAGAAUCGGAUAACGUGGAAAAACUCUUUCUGGACUUAGCUUGCCGGCUGAUCAGUGAGGCAAGACAGAAUACGCUUGUGAACAAUGUGGCAUCCCCGUUACCAGGAGAGGGGAAAAGUAUCAGCUAUUUGACUUGCUGCAAUUUCAAUUAAGGGCUGGCCCAAGAUCCACCCCAAAUGGGCCAAGAGGUUUUUUGCAGAGAUUUAUCUCAGUGAAGGCAAUUCCUGCCACUUUGACCCAUCUGACUCACACCUAAGUCAGGUUCCCGAUCUUAAAGCAUGGCAGGCUGGCCGCUCCACCUGCAGGUCAACAUAGCAGAAUAUAAUAUGGUUUAAUCUUUUUUGCAGUCUCUGGAGUUGGUUAGCAAAAAUAGUUUGCACACGGCGCUCAUUCAAAUCCAGAGCAUGGGCUGCUACAUCACUUUCCGUUGGAGGCUAGAACAGCCUCCCUGGAUGAUACGGAAGAAUGCAGGAUCUCUUCUGCAGCACGCCUUUAGUCCUUUUGAAAAAAGAUGAACUUUAAGCCUUGGACUAUACAGUACUGGCAUUGUUCCAGGCUGCCAGCCAAAUGAAUGCUUAGGAUGUGUAUAUGCCCACAGCAUCCUGAUGCAGGACUCAAUUGUAUGUUUUGAAUUAGUGUUAUAUCUCUCAUCUGCAGGCACUUUCAUGAACUUGGAAUUAAAAACGUAUAUAUCAACGUUUCCAAACAAACAACAAUUUGGAAAAAGAUAUGGAUACUGGCUUAGUCACUCCGUUUGGUGCUAGCACUCCGGCUGAAUAUUUCAUAGACCAAACCUAGUUUUAUUACAUUAUUGUCCUCUGAAUGUGUAACUUAGAGUAAGUAGUGAAAGUAUGCUAAUAAGCACUGUCCAUAAAAUAUCAUUACCUCUUUUUCUCAGCCUGAACAUAGUGGGUAAGGACUGUGCUUCUUUGAUGUCAAUUGUGGGGUGCAAAGACUUUUUUUUCUUGAGUCAUAAAAGCUCUGUAAACAGUAAUUUCCUAAUGUAAUGAACUAGCUUUGAGAAUACUGACUGAUGGAGUUCUAAACAGAUCAGAUCUGACCAAAAUAUUGUGUUUGCACUGAUCACGUAUAAGGGUUCAAAGGCAGAGCACAGUUUUAGAUGGCAGUCCAGUGUGUUUGAGUAAUGAAAGCUUGUAGUUACAGGUCUUGCUUGAGAAGCAAGCAUACAAUUUUGUAUGUUUUUUUUAAGCUUAAGUGAAAAUGGCAGCAAGUGUUGUUAUGAAUCAUUUUGUGUCUUACUCAUCCAAUGAUCAUCUUAUGAACCUGUACCUUGGAGAAGCAAUUCAAGGUACCAGUUUGGCAUUGACUGUGUUCUAAUAGCUUUUGGAUCCAUGACCAUAGAUUUCAUUUAGUUUUCUUGUUACUUUGUACUCUUAAGUCUCAGACACCAAUGUAUGUAUAAUUAUUUGCUUAGGCCAUUUCUUUAUAUAAAACCUCUAAUGUGGAAGCACUAUGGUAUUUGUUAUAUUACACCUCUAGUGCCAUGUUCUAAUAAUACAUUGGACUUUACACACUGAUGUUAAAGCAAAAUUGGAAAAAGAGGUUGGACGCAUACGUAGUAAAUCAUUCUUAAAUGUUUGGUAUCCGUUUUAUUGACCUGAAUGAGGCUAAAACUCUUGGUAACUUUGUGGCUGUGGUACAUUGUAACUUAGCAUUAAUCAGCUCGAUAUCAUGUAUUAUUUGCUGAAGAUGUUGACUGGCCUUUUGUAUUAACAUGAAAAAAGCUGCCAAUAAGUAAACCUUGAAAAUAAAAAUGGCCUUUUAAAA